CGCAUCGCGCCGCGCUGCGCUCUCGCCGCGCCGCCGCGCCGGCCAGCCAGUAACCGCGGGGCGCCCAUUCGCACUACACAUGGCGAUACCACUGAAACGAUUGUGGUGUGAGAAGAAAACUCUUCAGCUGAUAGAGGAAAUCAAGAGCCGACCUUGCAUAUGGAAUACAGAACAUGAAGACUACAACGAGAAAUAUAGCUUGGCUACAGCCUGGGAAGAGAUAGCGACUGCUAUGGACAUGUCAGAACUGGACCUGAAGACCAAAUGGAAGACCCUGCGGGACGCUUACAGAAAAAAACUAAAAAAAAACGACAGCGAGUACACAAGCAAGUGGCAGUACUUCGACAAGCUCAGCUUCGUAACGUUUAAGAAUACAGAGAACGAAGCGACACAGAAGUCGGACGAGGACAUAGAAAACCAACAGGAGUGUGAAGUAAAACUCGAACAUUUGGGACAAAGCGAGAUAUAUUGGGGCGAAGAAGAUCCCAUUCCCGACAAAAGAAUCAAACAAGAAGAGGACGACUUCGACGUGAUGUUCCUGAAGUCGCUGACGCCGUACCUGAGGGAGCUGGGGCCCAUGAGGCGACUCGUGGUGCGGAGUAAGAUGCAAGACAUGUUGCUCAACGAGCUAGCGGCGCAGAACGCGGGUCGACGCAAUUCCAACAGUUAAUGCCGCGUUGUAAUUUUAAUUUAAAUGUAGUUCCAAUUAAGUUAUAAGCUUACGCUUAAGUUAUAGAAUGCUAGUUAGACUCUUGUUUGAGACAAACACUGAGAAUUUAGGACGAAGUUUUUAAUCUAGACAAAAAAAACAUGCUAAACAUGUAUCGAUGGCACUGAUUAAAUAAGGAUGACGCAACCCACGAACGCGGCUAAGUUGCUUGAGUAUUUAACAUUUUGUACUGUUCGCAUUUUUUCAAAAUAUAUUUUUUAUGUGCUUGUAAAUUCUCUACGAAAAAAAUACGCGAAAGCCUAGCUUGGAAUGAAACGGUUUGCCAAGAGUUGUAGAGCCUGAGACGUCGGUCCGCAGAUUCUAAACUCAAGGCACACGCAACUCACCUCUGACUUUUGAACUUAUGUGUAUUGAAUAUCAAAUACAAUAGCUCGUGAAUUGGUGAAGAAAAAAAAUGCUAGAAGACUUAAAUACCUAACACUAUUCCAUAAGAAAUUUAAAACUAUGUUAAUUCUGUUAACACGCAGUAGUUUUGCGUGGUGAACUAAAGUUUAAACUACUCUUAAGCAAUAGUUGAAGCCCAGCAUUGGGAAACAUAAAGUUGUUAUUAAUAUGUUACUCUAUUAUAUUUAAAGUUAUAAUAAUCUAAUUGGCUGUGUUGAGAUAUUGUGCCUAUAAGGCGCUGCGUUGAUUAUAUUUUUUUUAUGCUGUAUCCGACUCUCGGAUAAAUGUAACAAUUAUAUUGCAAUAAUAUUGCUUAUAAGUGUCAUGCAUGACUUUGAUUUUUAUGAUUACA